AUCGGUUGCGUUGUUCGGGCGAGCCGACGACGAGACCGUUGGUGUCUGGAAAAUUGUCUCGUGGGUUCGGAACAAACGCUAGUCCUUCUGUUGAUUUGGUUCGUACGAAAUAUAUAAAAAAAUUACGUCCCGAACUACGUUGCGGUUGACUGUCCGAAAUUAGCCGGUGAGUUCUGUUAACUAGCUGUUUUUGCGCCCUUUGUGUGUCUGGCGUGUGGAGGGAGUCUUUCGGCACGAAGAAUGGCCGCCGCUGAGGUGAAUGGCAGCUCUGCUGUUACAAAGGAGGAAGAAGAACCCAUGGAUGUGACGACAACACAUACGGAAAACUACCAAACUCUCCUUGAUGCUGGGCUCCCCCAGAAAGUGGCUGAAAGUUUAGAUAAUAUCUUCCAGACAGGGUUGGUGGCAUAUGCUGACCUGGAUGAAAGGGCUAUUGAUGCGCUACGAGAAUUCAACGAAGAGGGAGCACUUACUGUGCUGCAGCAGUUUAAAGAAAGCGACUUAUCCCAUGUUCAGAAUAAAAGUGCUUUCCUUUGUGGAGUCAUGAAGACAUAUAGGCAGCGUGAAAAACAAGGAAGCAAGGUCCAAGAGUCAACUAAGGGUCCAGAUGAAUCUAAAAUCAAGGCUUUGUUGGAGCGGACAGGCUACACCCUGGAUGUUACUACGGGACAGAGGAAGUACGGAGGUCCUCCCCCUGAGAGUGUGUUCACAGGAUCGCAACCGGGGAUUGGAACUGAGGUGUUUGUUGGAAAAAUCCCCAGGGAUUUAUAUGAAGAUGAGCUUGUGCCACUCUUUGAGUCUGCUGGUCCCAUCUGGGACCUGAGGUUAAUGAUGGACCCUCUGUCUGGUCAGAACAGGGGUUAUGCUUUCAUAACUUACUGCAACAAGGAUGACGCACAAAAGGCUGUGAAGCUUUGCGAUAAUCAUGAAAUCCGCCCUGGAAAGUACUUGGGAGUGUGUAUAUCUGUUGCAAACAAUCGCCUGUUUGUUGGAUCGAUUCCAAAGAAUAAGACCAGAGACAGUAUAUUAGAAGACUUUGGCAAAGUUACAGAGGGACUGCAGGAUGUGAUUUUGUAUCACCAGCCAGAUGACAAGAAGAAAAACCGUGGCUUCUGUUUCCUUGAGUAUGAGGAUCACAAGUCUGCAGCUCAGGCCCGCCGCCGCCUAAUGAGUGGCAAGGUCAAAGUUUGGGGAAACCCAGUUACAGUGGAGUGGGCUGACCCCGUCGCAGAGCCUGACCCAGAGGUCAUGGCAAAGGUUAAAGUGCUCUUUGUGAGAAAGUUGGCCACGUCUGUCACUGAGGAGCUGCUUGAGAAAACGUUUUCUCAGUUUGGGAAAUUAGAACGAGUGAAAAAGCUGAAAGAUUACGCAUUUGUCCAUUUUGAAGAUAGGGAUGCUGCUGUAAAGGCUAUGGAAGAGAUGAACGGUAAAGAACUUGGAGGAGAGGAAAUCGAGAUAGUCUUGGCAAAGCCACCAGAUAAGAAGAGAAAAGAGCGUCAGGCAGCUCGCCAGACUCCCAGGGGUGGCGGGUAUGAUGAUUACUACUACUACCCACCUCCUCGCAUGCCACCACCUGGCCGAGGAAGGGGCCGUGGUGGCAGGGGGGGCUAUGCUUAUCCUCCUGAUUACUAUGGCUAUGAGGACUACUAUGAUGACUACUAUGGCUAUGACUAUCAUGACUAUCGUGGUGGCUAUGAGGACCCUUACUAUGGCUACGAAGAUAUGUACAGCAUGAGAAGCCGUGGUACCCGCCCCAGUAGGGGUGGGCCUCCUCCACCAAGGGCUCGUGGGGCUCCUCCAACACGAGGUCGUGGAGGUUUCGCUCAAAGAGGGCCACCUAUCGGUGGUCCUCGUGGGGCACGAGGAGGACGGGGAGUACCUUUCCAGCCUCAGAGGGGCCGUGGUCCUCGCGGUGCCAGAGGUAAUCGCGGGGGCAACGUUGGCGGAAAGAGGAAGGCCGACGUAUUUAACCAGCCUGACUCCAAGCGCCGCCAGACCAACAACCAACAGAACUGGGGGUCCCAGCCCAUCGCCCAGCAGCCCCUGCAGCAAGGGGCCGACUAUUCCGGUAACUAUGGUUACAGUAAUGACACCCUGGAGUUUUCACAGGAUUCUUAUGGGCAACAGUGGAAGUAGAUGCACCUAAAGGUAUUUGGCAACAACACAAAAAAAAGAGGAAAACAACAAAAGAAAAAAAAAAGGAGAUUGGCCACGAUUUUUGAUUGACUUUUUAUUCUUCUUAUUCUUCAUCCCUCAUGAAAAAUAUCUGUAUAUACAUAUAUCACAGAAAAAUGGACAGACUGCAGAAUUGGCUCAAGACGAUUGGCUGGAAAUCCUUUUGGCUGAAGAAAUGAACGUAACCGUUGUGGUCAUUUCUCACUCCUGCGGUUACAUUGGGACACAUCUUUAAAAAAUCAGUACAAUUUUAUUGUAAAGUUUUGUUCCUGGUUGUUUUAAAGCCAACAAUGAACACUGA